CAACACAACACGAGCAUACUUCAACCACUGGGGCUCUUCUGCAUCUUCGCCGUAUACAAUCGCGAGGAAAUUAAGCGAACACACGACAUGAGCUCGACGGAAACCAGCGGCACCGACGCAUCUGCCUCCUUUUAAUAACCGGACGCGCGUUUCCUCUCCGGUCGACCGACUGUACCGUGUUCAGGAUGGGCAAAGAGGUGAACGGCGUCUCUCGGAGUCGCUUCGAGAUGUUCUCCAAUAAUGACGAGGCUGUUAUCAACAAGAAGCUGCCGAAGGAACUGUUGUUACGAAUUUUCUCGUUUCUGGAUGUAGUCACACUUUGCCGCUGCGCACAAGUCUCCCGAUCAUGGAACGUGUUAGCCCUGGAUGGCAGUAACUGGCAGCGCAUUGACCUCUUUGACUUCCAGAGAGACAUUGAGGGCCGUGUGGUGGAGAACAUCUCAAAACGGUGUGGAGGCUUCCUAAGGAAGUUAAGUCUUCGAGGAUGUCUGGGGGUCGGAGACAGCGCUCUCAGAACGUUUGCCCAGAACUGCAGAAAUAUAGAGCUGCUCAGCCUCAAUGGCUGCACCAAGAUCACUGACAGUACCUGUAACAGCUUGAGUAAAUUUUGUCCCAAACUGAAGCACUUGGAUCUUGCCUCCUGCACCUCAAUCACAAACCUGUCCCUUAAAGCUCUGAGCGAGGGCUGUCCGUUGCUAGAGCAGCUGAACAUCUCGUGGUGUGAUCAGGUGACCAGAGAUGGCAUACAAGCGCUUGUGAGAUGCUGUCCAGGACUCAAAGGCCUGUUCCUCAAGGGCUGCACACAGUUGGAUGAUGAAGCACUUCAGCAUAUUGGAGCACACUGUCCAGAGCUGGUCACACUCAAUUUGCAGACGUGUUCACAGAUCACAGAUGAAGGUCUCAUAACCAUCUGUCGCGGGUGCCAUCGGCUGCAGUCUUUAUGCGUGUCCGGCUGCGCAAACAUCACAGAUGCUAUUCUCAAUGCCUUGGGCCAAAACUGCCCUCGCCUCAGAAUAUUAGAGAUGGCUCGCUGCUCUCAGCUUACAGAUGUAGGCUUCACCUCACUAGCGCGGAAUUGUCAUGAAUUAGAAAAGAUGGAUUUAGAAGAGUGUGUACAGAUUACAGAUGGAACGCUCAUCCAGCUAUCUAUACACUGCCCUCGACUCCAGGUUCUGAGUUUGUCUCACUGUGAGCUCAUCACUGAUGAUGGCAUCAGGCAGCUGGGCAGCGGACCCUGCGCUCACGACCGACUGGAGGUGAUCGAGCUCGACAACUGCCCGCUCAUUACAGACGCGUCUUUAGAGCAUCUGAAAACCUGUCACAGCCUGGACCGCAUCGAGCUGUACGACUGUCAACAGAUCACCCGCGCCGGCAUCAAGCGCUUGAGGACUCACUUGCCCAACAUUAAAGUCCACGCCUACUUUGCACCUGUGACUCCGCCUCCAUCGGUGGGCGGGAGCCGCCAGAGAUUCUGUCGCUGCUGUAUCCUUCUAUGAUGUAAAACGGACUGUGCAUCUUGACCUCUCAUCCCCUGAUCUACCUAGAGCACAUGCUGGUGGGUCCCCGGCUCAGAUCAGAUGGGAGUGAUGGAGAGACAAACCCCACACCCACUCAUGAGCUUUGAUCAACACUACAGUCCAUUCAAUGGCUUUAUACAAGACUUGUAUGGUAAUUAAAGUGGACGAUUUGGGGAAUGUGCUACUUUGUUCAUCACAAACUAUUAGGAGAAGAGAACAGUGGGGCUUUUAUGAGAAAUAUACAGCCACUACAAAACGUCAUUGUGGUUACGCAGUCGCUGAUGUUCCUUGUUUUUGGAUGGACCACCUCAGUUUGAUUCAAGGUUAUGGUAAACAGGAGACGAUCAUACAGUAACCAGCUCAUGGAUUCAUGCCUCAUCUGUAACACACAGUAACGGUGAUCUUUAACCUGUGAGCCCCUGAGGAGCCCAGCUUUGAACACACAUUCAGACACAUCUCUCUCACACACACACACACACACACACACACAGAUUCUCUCUUUCUCUCCGUCUGUGUUGCUCUCAGUGGCUUUGUUAAACUUUAGAGCAGAGGCUGAAUAUUUUCAAAGCAUGAUUGUCUUCCGAGUCUUUUCUUCAAAUCAGUCUUUACCUCAAAAUCUCUUUCGGAAGGGGUCUGAGUUUCAGCCGGCCGGUGGAGAAGCAGGGGCAGAUGUGAGGUUAAAGUAAAUAAGGUGAGAGGGAAAACAGGAACUGUAUUGAGCUGAUGAGUGUGUGUCACGCAUGAGAUUACAGCAUCUUGUGUGUAUGUAAGAAAAUCUGUCAUUCAUAAUCAUGGAGAGAACGGCAGUGGGCUUCAUUCACGAAACAAGCAGAAUGAAUUUCUCUCAUAAAUCCAUUAGUUCGUCUAGGGGCACUUUUGGCCUUGUGGUCUUUAAGAAAAGAAAUGCCCUUGAAAUACACUUUUUUUUUUUUUUUUCACGUUCAUGAAUAAAUUGAAAUGCAUAACAUUUAAUUGAAUAGAAAAUGUAAUAAUGAUUUAAUUAAUUUUCAUAGUUUUUAAAUAUCAAAAUAUCUAUAAAUG